UCACGGGAUUCUAAUCAGCUGGCAGACCUGAGAGGCCGCUCUCCAGCCCCCGUCCUGGACCCUCCUGUGUCACAUAAACCCCUGACCCGGGGGGCUCGGACCCCAGGGCUCAGAAGGACGGAACCGGGCCUUCACCGAAGCUGCCGCGGGGCCUUCCGAUCCCCUCGUCCAUCUCCCAACUCUGGCCAGGCUAAUGGGACCAACGAGGAGUCUCUGCAUGUUGACAUUCAGAAACUGAAGGAGAAGAGCAACAUGCUGGACAAAGAGAUCUCUCAAUUAAUAUCUGAAGGCUACAGUGUGGAUGAAUUGGAGGACCACAUCUCCCAGCUCCACGAGUAUAAUGACAUCAAGGAUGUGGGGCAGAUGCUACUGGGCAGACUAGCUGUGAUCCGAAGUGUCACCACCAAAGAGUUAUAUCCAGAAUUUGGUCUGGACAUGAGUGACUGAGCAGAGGCUCGUUGCCCCUUGUCCACAGCCCACAGGGACAGGCAGAUGUGGACAUGAGAAGCAGUGAGAGCCCAGCCAACACACCUACAAGGUUUCCAGCAAGAAAAUGCCAGAAACCCUUUUCUAGAGAGCCCACACUGAAUCAGGAGGGAGCCUAGAAAAGAGGGGGGUAGGUUCUUGAAAUGUCCCAGUGAUACCUGUGUACAGGUAUGUGUAUCCUAUUUUGUCAAUAAACAUUUAACUAAUCUU